ACCCUUUCUUUAAUGUUGGUGCUGGCAGCCAACAUACAUUGAAAUGAAUAAUAUCAAAUUUUCUGUUUUCAAUUUCUAUUUACUAGUUUGUGUAUAAAUGUCUGUAACUGUGUGGGGAGGUGUGUGUGUGUAUAGAGGCCAUCAGCAUUAGCAGCAAGUGCCUGUACCUGCUGAGUUACCUCACCAGCCUGCCUUUUCUGUCUUUUGGGCAGUUUUAACGAUUUCUAUUAAAUCAUGCAUAUGUGAGUGCAGGUACCUAUAGGAGCUAGGGGGGUUAGAGGUGGUUGGAACCACUCUAUAUGGAUACUCGGAAUUGAACUUGAGUCUUCUUCAAGAGAAGUAUGUGUUAGCAUCACAAUUUUAUCUUGAGGUUAAAGAAAACGAAACUCAGAAAAAUUCAAUGGAUUCCUAUGUACUUUGCCUGUUUGAUCAGUUGCUUAUGCUAAGAAUGUUAACUUUUCAAAAAGUUAAUACUUUUCAGAGGAAUGUUAUAUAAAGGUCCUGGAUAAUUUUGAACCUACAAUAUUUGGACAGUCUUAUUUAUGUAAAAUUUGCUCAGUACGUAUGGGAAGUGAAGCAGUGUUUAUUGGAUAUUUGCUGCUUUCUGGACAUUGGGUUAGGAUACUUUGCUUACAUUUGCUUCGUUUUGGUAGAGGAUUGCUGUUCUUUAAGAAGGAGCAGCAGAGAGGCUCUUUUGCAACACCAGAUGUCAGCAGGCUUGUUGACAAGGCUCAUGUCUGUUCCCUACACCAGGUUGUCUGUCUAGUAGUGCAUGGCAUGAAUUCAUUUCUGUUGUCAGGUCAUGGUGUUUCCUCUAAAUUAACAGUGGCCUAAUGAAUAGUGAGUAAAACUAGAUUGUUGUCAAACUCUGUAAAAAUGAGUCUAAGGAUUUAUAAAAAUAUUCUUUUGUUUUCCUAACUCUGCUUUUGUUGGUUUUUCUGUUCCACCACCUCUCCCUCUGUCCCUCCCUCGUUCCCCUUCCUUUCUUCCUUUCUUUCUCUACUUCCUUGUUUGUUUGUUUUGACAUUAUUCCUCUCUCACUAUGUAGUUCUGGCUGGCCUCAAACCUUCAGCCUAGUAAGAGAGUGCUAGAGUCGCAGGUGUGUGCCACCACGUUCACUAAUCUCUCUACUGUUUAAUGCAUUUUCUUGCUUUCCAGUGGUUCCCCUAAUAUGUAUAUACCUUUUAUAAACACGUGGGGUUGUGUAUCUUCUUUGUUAUCAGGCGCUGCUUUUUCACUUUUGAAAAGUAGCUGAUAACAGUCACACCCCUUGUAAGGCCUGUCCACAUGGCCCCAGGCUCUACCAGCAUCUGUCUUUUAGCUUUUUGCUUGCCGUUCCAGGCUCUUUAGGUUGCCUUAUGACCCUUGCUAAGCAUCAUGUAGCUGUAGGACCAGUGGCCCAGCUCAGCAGAGAUUACAUCAUAAUCUCUGAUUGCUUUCUCACCGUGUACAGGGGCCUUUAAGGACCUUAGAGACCAGCACACAUUCAAAACUGACAAGAGAAGUGAGCAAGGCAAACCACAGGGAGAUCCUUCCUGCACUUGAUGAAGCAAAAAAUUUAUUGCCAUAUCUUGGACCCAACAAAAUGCGAGAUUGUUUCUGCACUAUAAAUUUGGACCAGGAAGAAGUUUAUCGCACCCAGGUUGUUGAAAAGUCUUUAAGUCCAUAUUUCAGUGAAGAAUUUUAUUUUGAGAUUCCAAGAACUUUCCAGUAUUUGUCUUUUUAUGUUUAUGAUAAAAAUGUUUUACAAAGAGAUCUUCGUAUAGGAAAAGUAGCCAUCAAGAAAGAAGACUUGUGCAGUCAUAGUGGUAAAGAGACUUGGUUUCCACUACAGCCUAUUGACUCAAAUUCAGAAGUUCAGGGAAAAGUUCACCUUGAAUUAAGACUGAAUGAGUUGAUAACAGAGAAUGGAACCGUGUGCCAGCAGCUUGUUGUACACAUCAAGGCAUGCCAUGGGUUGCCUCUCAUAAACGGACAAAGCUGCGAUCCUUAUGCAACAGUUUCCCUCGUGGGCCCUUCUAGGAAUGACCAAAAGAAGACAAAAGUAAAGAAGAAAACAAGCAAUCCGCAGUUCAAUGAAGUCUUCUAUUUUGAGGUAACCAGAUCCAGCAGUUACACCAGGAAGUCCCUGUUCCACGUGGAGGAGGAGGACAUUGAGAAGCUGGAGAUCAGGAUCGACCUGUGGAAUAAUGAAAACCUAGUCCAAGACGUCUUCCUGGGAGAGACUAAGGUUCCUGUCAGCGUGCUAAGAAAGGGCUCCUCUCAUCAGGCCUGGUACUUGCUACAACCAAGAGACAAUGGGAACAAGUCAUCUAAAACUGAUGACCUGGGAUCUCUUCUAUUAACUCUGUGUUAUACAGAAGACUAUGUGUUUCCGUCAGAGUACUAUGCACCGUUGAAAACUUUGCUGCUAAAAUCACCAGAUGUUCAGCCAGUAUCCGCCUCAGCUGCUUAUAUUUUGGGUGAACUGUGUCAAGAUCAAAAGGAUGCUGUUUUGCCCCUAGUACGACUGUUGCUGCACCACAGUAAGCUUGUUCCUUUUAUCACUGCGGUGGCCGAACUGGACUUGAAGGAUACUCAAGAUGCCAAUGCAAUUUUUAGAGGAAACUCCCUGGCUACGCAGUGUCUGACUGAGCUGAUGAAGAUAGUGGGAAGGCACUACCUGAAAGUCACACUGAAGCCCGUUCUAGAUGAGAUAUGUGAAUCCUCGAAAUCCUGUGAAAUAGAUCCUGUUAAGUUGAAAGAGGGAGAUAAUGUAGAGAAUAAUAAGGAGAAUCUGUACUACUAUGUGGACAAAGUGUUCAAUACGAUUGUAGGAUCAAGUGUGAGCUGCCCCACUGUGAUGUGUGAUAUUUUUUAUUCUCUGAGGCAAACGGCUGCUAAGAGAUUUCCUAACAACCCUCAUGUUCAGUACUCUGCAGUGAGCAGCUUCGUGUUCCUUCGUUUCUUUGCCGUAGCGAUACUCUCACCUCAUGCUUUUCAUUUGCGACCUCAUUAUCCAGAUACACAGACGGUUAGAACAUUAACUCUCAUCUCAAAAACCAUUCAGAUAAUUGGAAACUGGGGAUGUCAGUCCAGAAGAAAGUCACGGUUCAAAAAGUCAGUCAUGUGUGAAUUUCUCAAGAUGUUUCAAGAAGAAAGAUAUUUUACAGAUGUGAAAAAGUUCUUGGAUGAAAUUUCAUCUACGGAAACUAAAGAGUCCAGUGGUACGAGUGAGCCUGUGCACCUGAAAGAAGGUGAGAUGUAUAAAAGAGCUCAAGGAAGAACCCGUAUUGGAAAAAAGAACUUCAAGAAACGAUGGUUCUGCUUGACAAGCAAAGAGCUCACCUACCACAAACAGCAAGGCAAAGAUGCAAUUUAUACUAUUCCAGUAAAAAAUAUUCUUGCUGUGGAAAAACUGGAAGAAUGCUCUUUCAACAAGAAAAAUAUGUUCCAAGUGAUACAUACAGAGAAAACUCUGUACAUCCAAGCUAACAACUGUGUGGAAGCCAAUGCGUGGAUAGAUGUUCUGUGCAGGGUGAGCAGAUGCAACCACAACAGGCUCAGUUCUUUCCAUCCCUCAGCCUAUCUCAAUGGAAACUGGCUCUGCUGCCAGGAGACGAGUGAGAGCACACCAGGCUGCAAGCCAUGCACUGCAGGCAUCCCUGCAGACAUCCAGAUAGACAUCGAUGAAGACAGAGAAACAGAAAGAAUUUAUUCCAUUUUUACCCUCAGUUCACUUAAGCUGCAGAAAAUGGAAGAGGCUUGUGGGUCUAUAGCUGUGUAUCAGGGGCCACAGAAAGAACCUGGUUAUUCCAAGUUCACCAUUGAGGAUUCUGUUGCAACCUUUAAGACAAUUCAGCAAAUAAAGAGCGCCAUAGAGAAGCUAGAUGAACCUCAUGAGAAAUACAGAAAGAAAAGAUCAAGUAGUGCAAAAUACGGAAGCAAGGAAAAUCCAAUUGUUGGAAAAAUAUCAUAGUUUGACCAGCUAAUGGAGAACUGGAAAAUACUCAUUUUCAUUGAGUUUUUCAAUUCACGCCAUUUUGUUCAUAGUAUGUAAGAGCGGACACUGGCUUUGAAGACACCUGCUCUCACAAUGUAUUUAAUAUUUAAUGACUGAAAUUAACUGUUUGGGGACCAUGAUAUUGAUGUGUUUAUUACUAAAGAAUUUGAAACCCAA